AUGGGCAACUAUAAAUCGAGACCAUCAUCAACUUGUGCAGAAGAGUUAAAGAAAAAAAUCAGUGAAGGUUACGCAGUAAUUCGAUCGAGGCUUAGUGACGAUGUCAAACCUCGUUUUGAUGUCUGGAACGCUGCACAGUGUGCUUGCUUCCAAGGCGAUUUAAAAUCCUUGGAAGGACAGCUGACCAAUGUGUCCUUAGAUGAGCGUACUGAGGAUAGGCUAUUAUCACCGUUGCAUUUAAUAUGUGCUGGACAUUCCGAACAACAAGCAGAAAAAGUUGCUUUUCUGCUGGAUAAAUGCGGCGAUGACGAUGCAAAACGUAGAGCGCUGCUAUGCCAUUUGACCAGAAAUGGCUUUUCAGCUCUACACUUUGCCAUAUAUAAGAGCGAAGUAGAAACUGUAAAUAUUUUGUUAAACAAUGGUGCUGACGUGAAUUUGGCUGGACGUCUUCAGUUACCCCCCUUACAUUUAGCAGCAAUGUGUGGUAACGUUGAACUAAUCAAACAGCUACUUACCAAAGGAGCUUCUCUACAUAGUACAGAUUUUGUUCAAUACACAGCACUUCACUGUGCUACCUAUUCAUCGCACGAUAAGGCAGUACGAUUACUGCUAAGUUAUGGAGCAGAUCCAAAUUAUAGUGGAGGAGUUCAAGAUCGACCGCUACAUUUGGCAAGCGGAAAAGGAAAUCUUGAAAUUGUUUCUGCGCUUUUAGACGCCGGAGCAUACCCAAGUUUAACUGACGAUGAAGGUAAUACUUCGCUUCAUUUCGCUGCGAGAACUGGUAACGUUGGAGUGAUCGAUUUGCUGCUAAUGAAAGCUGGAAAUGCCAAACAAGAGCUGGCGUUAAAAAGUAAUAUAUAUGGGGAUACACCGCUUCAUUUAGCAUGUUAUGCGGGUCGUCUUGAAGCAGCAAAACGUUUGAUUGCUAUAUCGGGUUCUAGCACGCUUUCUUUGGUAAACUUAGUUUGUAAUGUUGUGGUCUGUAUGUACAAGCAGCUGCACGAUCUACAGGAAAAUGUUUUCUCCGAGACACCAUUGCAUGCGGCUUGUACUAGUGGACGAAAUAUGGAACUGGUAGCGUAUUUACUGAGGCAACCUGGUGUUGAUCCUAACUUUCAAGGUCAAGAUGGGCAUACGGCUCUGCAUAGUGCUUGUUACCAUGGACACUUACAUCUUGUACAGUUUUUGUUGGACAGUGGUGCAGAUCAAUCCUUGACAGCCAGAGCUGUAGACAAUCCCUUGUCUCCAAGUGGAUCUGUUGGAUCGUUAACGUUGGCAUCCGUUCGAGCUCAAACAAUGUUUUCGUUAUCACGACCUGAAUCAGCCGGUUCUAUAGGAGAUUCACUGAUGUCGUCAACACAAAGUCUGUACGAUGAUCAGCAACAAACUCCUAUAAUAUGGGCAUAUGAAAAGGGUUUUGACCAAAUUGUUGCACUGCUGAAACAUUACGCCAACAAACGGCCAGAUUCAGAUGUCUGUUCUGAGUACAGUUCUGGAGACAGCAGUUAUACGCCACUACCAAGUCCUAUGGGUAGGCUACAUUCGAUGACAAAGGAAAAAGCAGAAAUCUUGCAGUUAAGAGCGUCGCUUUCCAGCACUUUUCGCCUGUCCCUCAAUGAUGUCGAUUUUCAGGACUCUCAAAAAAUAGUCGUCUAUGUUCAUGCAAUUGUUGUUCAGGAUGCGAUUGGCAGUGGGUCAUUUGGUAAGGUCUACAAAGGAACCUACAAAGGCACAACUGUAGCCAUAAAGCGGUAUCGACCAGUUGCAUUCGGAGCCAAAAGUGAAGUGGACAUGUUCUGUAGAGAAGUGUCGAUAUUACGAAUGUUACAACAUCCAAAUGUCAUUGCCUUCAUUGGUGCUUGUCUAGAUGAUCCCAGUCAAUUUGCAAUCAUUACGGAGUAUGUCACAAAUGGAUCAUUAUUCUCCUUGCUUCACGAGCAGAAACGCGUAUUAGAAAUGGCUUUACGACUGAAUAUUGGAGUUGAUGUAGCAAGAGGAAUGCGGUAUUUGCAUGAACUUGCAACUCGACCUGUGAUACAUCGUGACCUAAACUCCCAUAACAUAUUAUUGCACGAAAACGGUAGGGCAGUAGUUGCUGACUUCGGUGAGUCACGGUUUAUGGCUCAGCGAGAUGACGACAAUAUGACGAAGCAACCAGGGAAUCUAAGGUGGAUGGCUCCAGAAAUUUUCACGCAGAGUGGUAGGUAUGAUCGGAAAGCUGACGUUUUUAGCUAUGCACUGUGUGUUUGGGAAAUUCAUGCCGCAGAAUUACCGUUUGCUUAUUUGAAACCUGCAGCUGCUGCUGCCGAAAUGGCCUACAAAAGAGGACGACCGUCAAUACCACCGCAUCCUACACCGCAGUUUCCUGCACAUAUCUUAAAGGUGAUUGUAUCGGCAUGGCAACAUAAUCCAGAUGCAAGACCAGAUUUUGCUGAAAUACUCCCAACUGUUGAAGCACACGUAACAUCUUUGAACAUUUCUGAAUGUUCGUUGGCUGUUAUGAAACAAACAGGCCGUAGUCCGCCAUCUUCUGUUUCCCUGCUGAAGAACCACUGGGAACGUCGGAGUACAAACAGUAAGUGGUUUUUGCAACAAAAAGUUUCCACUGUUUAA